GCCGCCGCCGUUCCCUUCAGACACCUCUGACCCACCGAGACUGUCUGUGCUCAUAUUUCUGUUCCCAUUCGGUUUCUCUUCUUCUGCUUUUCUGAAGUGGUCCUCCGGGCACCCUUCCUCUUGUGCUUGCCUGUCGCCGGGCACUGAUUUGUAGUUUGUCUUCGUCUUCCUGUCCCCUCGGAAUACGAGAGCUCCCGUGGGAAGUUUUGUCGCGCGCAGAACGGCACAACUCAGACGCUCGAGGACAAACAUGAGCGCGACGCUGCAAUUUGUCGCCUUCCUGAGCUUCGCUAUCGUGAUGGCGUCCUACGGCGAAGCAGAUCGCCGUCUUCCUGCCCCCCAAAAAUAUACUCAUCACUGGGCGGAUAGAUUUGUUGUGGUAGUGAACUGGACUUGGCCGAAGCCCAAGGAGCUGCCACAGAGCUGUAACGUUAAAUUUGAGAUACGAUGGUCGGAGAAGCAGCAGGAUGUUGCUCGUGUGGAACACACUAAUUUCACUUACUACUAUUUAAGUAAAGAUUUCACCGCUGACAUUCUGGAGCUGAACAUUUCCUCCAAACCAUUGGAAGGCUGUAAAGGCUGGAAUGAAAGUGAGCCUGUAAAAGUGAAUAUUAAAGCACCAAAAUCAAAUGCUGAGUUGGUGAAGGACUUCAGAUGUUUUUACCUGUCCAACGACUCCAAGUGUUUCUGGACUGCAGUUGACCCAUCGAGGGAUCUGAAGGUGUACUACAGGUUCCCUGGAAUAGAGAAGAAAGACAUACAGAGUCUGAAGGCGUGUGAGGCUUUCAAGAUGGAAGGGAGGAGCAGCUGUUCCCUCAAAGUAGAGAAGGGUCGAGAUAUCUUUGUGCUUGUGGAGAAUGAGACAGGAAUGAACACCUUUGAACCUAAGAUGGAAAUACACGUGCCGAAAAUGAGCAUCAAUGAGACAGGAGCUUAUCUCCAACUGACAUGGGAAAAACCGGUUGUUGGACCGAUCGGUGCGUGGCAAUUCUGCGUCUGGUACAAAGAAUGUGGAAACAACAAACCUCCUCGGUGCUAUACGUUCAGUCAACAUCGAACUGUGGACAUCCCCUACAAUAAAUGCUGUAGGUACGAGUUUCAGUACAACAUCAGCACUACUGGGUUCUACAAACACGUAUCCAGUGACACCAGUGAAGUUAUACCCUAUGGUACCACAAGUUCUUGCAUCAGUUCGGCAAAUGUGGUGGCCAUCAUCAUCCCGAUCAUCGUCUGCUUCUGUGUCAUCUUAUCUAUCUACUGCUUCAAGAAACAUGAGAAAAUCUUCGGCUGCACCCGGCUGGACCCCUCUGUAAUAAAGGAGAUAUUGAACCUCAAUAAGGAAAAUAAGAUUCCCCAGGCGAACUUGUUAAUGCAGCACCAAGGGGAGCACACAGACACUUGCGCUCGACUCGUACCUGGAAAGGAGGGAUGUUGACCUGUUGUUAUACACAGUCAAAUAUCUGCCAGGCAGCUGGACUUGAACUCUGAGUGAACCUACAAAAGAAGCUAAACAUUUGGUUUAGAGGCUUGGCUGCGCUGACUCACAGAAACACAGUUUCUUCCUCUGGAUUUGCUGAGAGGGGGAGCUAACCUGUGCUAACAGCCGGGAGAGAACUGCCACCACUAAAUGUCAGCAGAAACAUGCGAACAUGGCGCUUCAGCUCUAUAAAUUUUGACCUGUAAAAUGGGAAGCUUGCAGCGUUAUAUUGAAAUCUCAAAACUACUGCAUGAAAAGCAAAAACUGUGGACUAUGCCCAUUACUUUGGAAGUUCAUCGUCGUUCUUUAAGAAGUCUCAACGCUGAAAGCUAGCAGUCUGAUCAGGAUUCUUCAGAAUCCUUUUUCAGGUUUCCUGCAUUUUGUUGUGUUCACUCACAAGAUGAGCCCAUAUUAUCUAUUUUUUUAAAAGGUCCUUAUACUCGAGUCCUGAGUGGAAGCUACUCUUUGGGCUCUUGAACACAACGGUUCCGAGUCAGGCCUGAUUCCACUUCUGCUUGCGUCGACGGAAUGGAGUCUGAAGAUGUUCAGCUGACGCGCCACAAGCAGAGCUAUGCUCUAACCAAUCGUUCUGUGAUGGCGGCCUGGUCAACACAAUCUGGUCAACUUUCUGAUGCUGGAGCGACUGGAGGCAGCUUAAACAGGGGGCGGUCUUUGCAGCCAAACUGUAGCGUGAAAUGGGUUUGUGAUGGACAAUGUUCUGUUGAGUCUCUUUCUGUCUAUGUAUUUGUUUACUGCACUGGGUUUAUAAGGAGUUAUGCUGAAAUCCCUUCAGGUGGUGGUACCACCCCUAACCUUUAACCCUCAUAAUUCCAUUAACUGCAUCCAGCCCAAACUGUACCACAACCUCUACCUUGUUUUCACAGAUGACUGUAAAUUGUCACUUGUGCCAACCUUCUGUUUACAUAUUUCCCACAGUUCUUUAACUGUGGCUUUAUCACCUCAUAAAACUAAAUUUAGCCAAAGUGUCUUGUAUAAAACGUGGGUGGAGAAGGAUAAUAGAACUUUUUUCAUGUCUGCCUCAAGAGUUGCUACAUGGCAAAAAUCUUUUUUUUAAUUUUUUUACUGAGACUGUACCUAAUAAGGCUUAAGAAAACAAUAGAGAUAACUGAAGGAUUAUGCAUUACCACUUUAAGACUAAACUGGAACGUUUGGUUCUUCAGAAGAAAGAGGAGUGGCUUUAGUCGUUGCCACAAUCCUGUCAUUCCUCUCCAUGGCAGUGCAGAUGUGUUGCCGAUAAAGGGCAUCACAGGCAGUAUAAGGAAAUGCAAUCUGUGGAAACUAACAUUUAAAAAAGGCCUUCCAGUAACCAAAUGGGGUAAUGUACGGAGAGGAAGAAAACUUUGUGGUCAUGACCUCCAACUCAGGAGAAGAAGACGGCUAGUUGUGGUGUUUCAUGGCUUUUGUACUUCAUAGGAAAUGGGUUUAAAUGGCAGGUUAGCAGCUAAGCUAAAGACAGCCAGUGAUGACCUGAGUGGUGGGAAGUAAAUAAACAAUCUUCUGUUUGUGCAGGUUUGCUGCUAUGUGGCACAAUUCUAUGUGCUUGGGCUUAAUGGCUGAAGCUAGCUCCUAGCAUGAGUUGGCAUUACUUCUCUUUGAUGAAAUACUAAAUAUGAACGAGAAGCUCAUGGCACAACUUUAUUUCCUCUUUUUGAACCACUGUAAGCAUAUGUCCAGAUAUUCAUGAACCCCCAGUAACUCUGACUCCGACUUAGCCAAUUUUCUGGUUUGCUUUACAAAGGUAUAAGGUUUUCAUCGCUGUAAGCAGUUUGCUGUAAAUCUUAACUGCAGUUUAAGGAUGUAUUCCCACACUGUGUAAAUCAGCUUUUGAACUCUCUGAAAGGAGAACAGGGAUGAAAUACUGUAAAUAGUUGAGAAAAUAUUAAACUGAUGAAAAACUUUGUUCAAUUUAUCAAA